AUAAUGGCCAGUAGGAUGCAGAACCUACUCCUCAGUCACCUUCAAUAUAUAUAAGUAAACACUAUCAAACAUAUUAUCAACACACAAAAUGACUUCUUUCUUAAGUCACAGACUCUUUAUUCUCUACCUGAACAUUUUCACAACCUUACUUGCAUCUUCCAGUGCCAUAUUCUGGGAGAAUAUUUUCGACACAACAAUGAAGCGAAUGGCUAAAACGAGCCAUCUCCAUUUCUACUAUCACGACAUUCCCAGUGGGAAAAAUCCCACUGCAGUGAAGAUAAUUAGUGGGAAUGAACUGAGCUUCGGUGCUACCUACAUGAUAGAUGAUGCACUAACAGAAGGCCCCGAUCAUAGCUCAAAGCUCGUUGGACGAGCACAGGGGAUGUAUUCCAUUGCAUCACAGCAUGAUAUUAGCUUGCUUAUGAUUGUAAACUUUGUAUUUACAGAUGGGAAAUACAAUGGUAGUAGCCUCAGCAUGAUUGGGAGUAACCAUGUUUCUGAAAAUGUGAGAGAAAUGCCAAUUAUUGGGGGAUCAGGGCUUUUUAGGUUGGCCAAAGGGUAUGCAUUGGCACAUACAAUUUGGUUUGAUCAAACGAAUCGAAAUGAUACAGCAGAAUACAAUGUGACUGUGAAACAUUUCUGAAGACUUUUUCAGCAGCAGAACAGAGAAAAUUAAGGUUAUAUAGUCGGUUUUUGAGUCCUACUUCGUUUAUUAAUUUAUAUAUGUUCGUUAAUUUACAAAAAUGCAGUGGUUGGAGCUGCCAACGUGUUCGGUUAGUGCAUUACUUUUUGAAGAAUUAAUGAAUUCCGUGAGAUUUUAAUACUGAGUGGAUGUUUAAUGUUUCA